UUAAAUAUAAUAAAGUUUAGCCGUCUCAUCAUCUCGUCUCUAACGUUCCGCUCCAUUGUACAAAUUUUGGUCUAUCUUUUGCGGCUCUACCUUAAACCCUCAGUUCCAAAUUACACACGCACAGACACAGUGAGGGAGGAACAGCCAUGAAUCCCUCUCUCGUCACAUCCACAGCUUCCUCCUUAGCCUCUCCCUUUCUCUCUCCCUUUCUCUCUCCCUCUCCUCUCCGCCUCUCAACUCCAUCUUCUCUCAAACGACGUCGUUUCAGAGUCUACAUCCCUCGCAACUCCUCUUCCGAUGCCGCCGUCGAUGAUUCUACAACAACUGCCACUACUACUACUACCAAUGAAAACAUUUUUGGAGGCAAGAAAGAGCUAACUGGGUUACAGCCUUUGGUGGCUAAUUUGUCACCGCCUGUUAGAUUAGCUAGUUCAGCUAUUAUUAUUGCUGGAGCAGUUGCGGCUGGUUAUGGAUUAGGUCUAAAGUUUGGAAAGACUCGUAAUUUGGCUUUGGGUGGUGCUGCUGCUGCGGGUGCUGCCGGUGGUGCUUUCGUCUAUGCUAUUAAUUCUUGUGUCCCUGAAGUCGCUGCUGCUGAUUUGCAUAAUUAUGUUGCUGGAUUCGACGAUCCCAAAGCAGUUAAGAAGGAAGAUGUUGAACAAAUUGCCAAAAGAUACGGUGUAAGCAAGCAGGACGAGGCAUUCAAUGCCGAACUUUGUGAUAUGUACUGCCGGUUUGUUUCAUCUGUCCUCCCUCCUGGGAAUGAAGAUCUUAAAGGAAAUGAAGUUGAAACAAUAAUCAACUUCAAAAGUGCAAUGGGCAUUGAUGAUCCUGAUGCCGCCAGCAUGCAUGUUGAGAUUGGUAGGCGCCUUUUUAGGCAAAGGCUUGAAACUGGAGAUCGUGAUGGUGAUGUAGAGCAGCGUCGGGCAUUUCAGAAGUUGAUCUAUGUGUCAACUCUGGUUUUUGGAGAGGCAUCAUCAUUCCUUUUACCUUGGAAGCGUGUUUUCAAGGUUACGGACUCUCAGGUUGAGAUUGCAAUCCGUGAUAAUGCCCAGAGGUUAUAUGCUUCAAAGCUAAAGUCAGUAAGCAGAGAUGUCAACGCGGAGGAGCUUGUAAGCCUCAGGCAGGCGCAGCUUCAGUAUCGACUUUCUGAUGAGCUUGCAGAGGACUUGUUUAGGCAGCAGACCAUAAAACUAGCUGAGGAAAAUAUAUCAGCUGCAUUGGCUGUUCUGAAGUCCCGGACAACAGCUGUCAAUGGUGUCAAGCAGGUUGUGGAAGAACUUGAUAAGAUAUUGGCAUUCAACAGUAAGCUUAUUUCAUUAAAGAAUCAUGCUGAUGCAGCUUCCUUUGCUCGUGGGGUUGGUCCAGUUUCUGUACUAGGUGGCGAGUAUGAUAAUGAAAGAAAGAUGGAUGACUUAAAGCUCCUUUAUAGAGCAUUUAUUACUGAUGCUUUAUCUAGUGGUCGCAUGGAAGAAAAUAAGCUUGCUGCAUUGAAUCAGUUGAGGAACAUAUUUGGUUUGGGGAAGAGGGAGGCGGAAGCAAUUACGCUUGAUGUCACCUCAAAGGCAUACCGUAAACGACUUGCACAGUCAGUUUCCAGUGGUGAUUUGGGAAUGGCAGAAAGCAAAGCUGCCUUCCUUCAAAAUCUCUGUGAAGAAUUGCACUUUGAUGCACAAAAGGCUACUGAGAUACAUGAAGAAAUUUACCGGCAAAAGCUCCAGCAAUUAGUGGCUGAUGGAGAGCUUAGUGAGGAGGAUGUUGUUGCUUUGAACCGUUUGCGUGUUAUGCUCUGCAUUCCUCAGCAGACUAUUGAUGCAUGUCACUCGGACAUCUGUGGCAGUCUGUUUGAAAAGGUGGUCAAGGAAGCAAUUGCUUCAGGUGUUGACGGCUAUGAUAUUGAUGUGAAGCAGGCAGUAAGGAAGGCUGCUCAUGGGUUGCGAUUAACACGGGAGGCUGCUAUGUCAAUUGCCAGCAAAGCUGUCCGAAAGAUUUUCAUGAAUUAUAUAAAGCGAGCACGGACAGCUGACAAUCGUACUGAGGCUGCAAAAGAACUAAAGAAAAUGAUUGCCUUCAAUACUUUAGUUGUGACUGAACUGGUGGCUGACAUAAAAGGGGAAUCUUCUGAUACUCAACCAGAGGAGCCUAAGGAGGAAGAAAAACAAAUUGAAGAGGAUGAGGAAUGGGAUGAUGAAGAAUGGGAGUCCAUUGAGACACUUAAGAAAAUAAAAAAACCUAGUGAGGAACUUGCUGCCAAGAUGGGGAAGCCAGGCCAGACAGAGAUAAAUGUCAGAGAUGAUCUUCCUGAAAGAGAUAGGACUGAUCUCUAUAAGACAUACUUGCUAUACUGUCUAACUGGGGAGGUGACCAGGAUUCCAUUUGGUGCUCAGAUCACCACAAAGAAGGAUGAUUCAGAGUAUGUUUUCUUAAAUCAACUCGGUGGCAUUUUGGGUUUGACCGUUAAGGAAAUUGUGGAAGUACACAGGAGCCUUGCUGAGCAGGCUUUUAGGCAACAAGCUGAGGUGAUUUUAGCUGAUGGACAAUUGACAAAAGCCAGGAUCGAUCAGCUUAAUGAGGUGCAGAAGCAAGUUGGCUUGCCACCAGAGUAUGCACAAAAGGUAAUAAAGAGCAUUACAACAACAAAAAUGUCAGCUGCCCUUGAAACUGCCAUCAGUCGUGGACGGCUUAACAUGCAGCAGAUAAGAGAACUGAAGGAAGCAAGUGUUGACUUGGAUAGCAUGAUAUCUGAGAGAUUGCGGGAGAACCUGUUCAAAAAAACAGUGGAUGAAAUUUUCUCAUCAGGUACUGGCGAAUUUGAUGAAGAAGAGGUCUACGAGAAAAUCCCUGCGGAUCUCAACAUCAAUGCUGAGAAGGCAAAAGGUGUUGUUCAUAUGCUUGCAAAAGGUAGACUAUCAAAUUCGCUAAUCCAGGCUGUGGCACUCCUGAGGCAGAGAAAUCAUCAAGGAGUGGUUUCCACUCUUAAUGACUUGCUGGCCUGUGAUAAAGCUGUGCCUUCUGAGCUAUUGACAUGGGAUGUGCCAGAGGAGCUAGCUGAUUUAUUUACCAUUUAUAUGAAAAACGACCCGGCGCCGGAAAAGCUGUCCCGCUUGCAGUAUCUGCUGGGAAUAAGUGAUUCCACAGCUGCUGCUCUCCGGGAGAUGAAAGAUAGAGUACCAUCAGUUGGAGCCGAGGAAGAAAAGUUUGUAUUCUAACUGCUGUGAUAGUUGUGUUAGGGUAUGUGGAUCUGGCAACAAACUUUUAUUUUCUGCCCAAUGAAAGAUUCUGAUUCCUUGGAGAGAAUUGUUCUUGAUGUAACAUAAAGUUGAUGAAAUUUUGAUAGGCGCUAAAUUAUGAAUAGGUUUGUUGAACGAAAUAGUAUGUGAGGGUAUUUGUUCUUGCUUUCAAUAAAUUCCUAAUGUUCUGCAUCUGAAAUGCAAUUUCAAGUUUCAACUCAA